GUUCAUUUCCCUUGCUUCAAAUUCAUUUUCAGACAUAAUCACCAUUCUAAACAACAACAAAAGGAAGACAGGAAAAAGGGAGGAAAUAACUCAAAUCACACACAUCAAUGGAAUCCAAAUAUUCUCGUUGAACUGCAAGGCGAUGUCUCCGUCGAGUUAAGCUGUUACGCUUACGGCAGACGCUGAGACCGUUUGAUGCGAUCAUCGGAAUGACUCCUCCAAAACAACGAUGAUGACAAUGAGUGUAAGGCUUAUAUGGCUGGCUCUGUAUCACUUUUACACUACAAUCAGUGCAGCAGCUGAAGAAGAAUGCCGAGUACUGCUUUAUUUUAAACCAAUGAAAGACAGAACUCUCCUCAAUCAUGUUAUGAUAAGAAUAGAUAUACCAAGAGAAGAUGUCUGCAGCAUCCGAUGUUUCCUUGAACCCAAUUGCUUGUCUUAUAAUGUUGGACCGCUGGAACAUAGCAACCGAUACUUGUGUGAGAUAAGCGACUCCACUGACGUACGACAUCCGGGAGACUUGGUUCAGCGGUUAGGAUUUACCUACCAGGGAAUAAAGAGUCCAUGUAACACUGAUGUUUGCGGGAAGAAUAUGACUUGUCAAGCGGGUUACACCAGCAAAGGAUACCGUUGUAUGAAAAACAUCACGUCGACGCCAUUAAACUUCAGCAACCUAGUUGCCAAAGAACACUUUCAUAAUUGUUCUGAUGCACCCACCAUAACGGGAGUUUACAAUACAUCUCACCAUGACUGGGGCCUUUUUCCUGUGUACUGUGAUCAGACAUAUGAUGGAGGAGGCUGGACGAUGGUAUUAAAAGUUGUUAGUGGCCUCUCUCCAUUGGACGUCGGUGGAAUUUGGUCGUCACCCUCCCUAUAUCAUGAAAAUCUCAACGAAACCUUCGACCUAACGUCAGUUUAUCCAACUCAUUACAAGAAUCGUAUUGUACUGAACUGGAAAAAUUUUAACCCUAAAGAGGUUCGCGUCGUUAUAUACAAGGACAGUCAACAAGUCACCUCCCUCAAGUUCAAUGCCACUGGUACAGACAACUUGAAUUGGUUUUCACAUGAAAACCUAAUUUACUCGCCAUGGAGUGAUCUCAAGAUGUUCCCAUCCGUAAAUUUUGGCCUUCUGGGUCCCAUAGUUUCCGAUCGCUUCUUUGAGAUAACUGGCCCUUAUACUGGUUGUGAAACUGAUAUCGGUUGGUUGGUAGUUACUAGUCACCCAGUAUGUCCUUGGGACAGACGAUCACCUCAGCCUAGUAUCCAAUACAGCAAGCAGCGCGUGGCGUCGCGUAUGGAAAAUUACGGAAAUGUUGGGAUUGCAGACGUCCUCGCCGUGUUUGUUCGCUAACAACAAAUGAUUUAAAAGGCUCAGCGGAACCUUUUCUGCAAUAACGUCUUUACCGUUGUAGAAAAUAUUCCUGUGUUGGCAUUAACUUUGUCUUUGGGGAUCGUGAUCUCUUGAUUAUAUCUAUAGUUGAAAAAUUUAGGUUACAGUUUGUACAGUAAAUAGUUUAAACCCAAAUGUUACAAUUGAAGUUUUCGAAAUGUCAGUCAUUACUGCCCACAACAGUUUUGUUCAGGACUACUCUCACCCGGACGAUCACAACAUAAGAUCACAGGUCGCAGUUUGAGCAAAACGCUUUUGAACUCAAAGAAAGCUUACUCCUUGAGAUACGAUUUUAUUGAACUUUUAUUCUUUGCAAAUCCACUGUAUCCUUUAAACAGUAAAGAGGAUUUAUAAGCAAUGAAGUACAACCCUUGUAUCAGGUUUAAUUCAAAACGAAUCAGCUGUUAAUCAAGUCUACAACUCAAAGCAUUAAUCUGUCACCACUUACAUUUCUGUUCGGUACGAGCUCUCUAAAUGUGACAUAACAUAUCAAAUAACCACUCAUACAAAUCCGAGUUGCUUCUUUACAGUCUUAAUAAUUAUUUCAGGAUUCUUUUAAUCUAACGGAUAAACGUCCAUACGAAAUCAGGAGUAAAAAUGUACUUAGAAGGAGUUCAUAUUAUAAUUUUGACCGAACUGUUACAUUAAGAGGAAGGGUGAAACCUCGUUAUCAGCAUAUGUAUAUUCUCUAUACUGCUCACA